AUGUAUAUUUCUGGUGAAGCCACGAGUCAAUUUGACCUGAUCGGGUCAUAUGAGCCUCCGAGUGAGCUGCCUAUUGAAAUAUUAGAACUCAUGCAGCUGAACGAGGUUUCACCUUCCACAAAUUUUCCGUCAAUCAAACGGACUCAUUUGGUCAAUCAAGUUUACACCAAUGACACCCCAAUUCAUUGUAGUGUUCAUCGUUGCUAUGCACUCCGAACUACUGUCUUGACGAUGAACUAUACUGCAAUUGAUGCAAACGUGGGGAUCAAAACGUGUGGUCAUGAUGAUGUGACGAACAAUGGAUUCUGGUCUUCUUGA